GCGUGGUGAGAAGGAAGGGGUCGCGGUUACCAUCGAGAUAAAUGCGUCGCCCCGUCGGCGGUGGCGAUCAGUCGAGCUCUGGUUUGCGUCUCGUCGGUGUCAACGCGCGACUCGAAUCAUUCACGGCACACAGUGGGAUACAACACAACAAAACAAAAAUGCGUUUUCUACACGCGGGGACCAUUUUCCUCCUCGCCGCCAUUUUGGGCACCCAUGCAUACCGCCUGCCGAGUAACAUUGUUCCGCAACACUACACACUUAAGAUUUUAACUAAUUUAGGAGAUGAAAAUGGUACUUUUGAUUUUUGUGGAAAUGUCACCAUCCAGGCAACAGUCGUGGAAUCAACCAAAAACAUAACUCUGCACUCUAAAAACCUUGACAUAGACCCCAAAAAGAUCCAAAUCAACGACGAAAAAGACAUCGUAGAUACCACACACGUCGACGAAGAGAACGAAUUCUUCACCAUCGUGCUAAAAACCCCUCUGGAACAAAAUAAACCAUUAAAAAUCUUCAUAGCAUUCAAGGGUAAACUAGAAGAUGGUUUAGCUGGUUACUACUUAAGUUCUUACAUUGAUAACGAGAGUAAGGAACGCAGAUAUCUCUCAAUAACACAAUUUGAGUCCACGGACGCACGCAGAGCUUUCCCUUGUUUCGACGAACCGGAAAUGAAAGCCAAGUUUACCAUUUCCCUAGGCCACAAUGAUAAAUACACAGCGUUGAGUAACAUGAACGAAAUAAAGAAAGAACCAAUUGAGGGGAAACCCGGAUGGUCCAUGACGCACUUCGAUGAAACCGUCCCAAUGUCCACAUAUUUAGUAGCAUUCAUGGUAUCGGAUUUCGGUUUUGAAACAACUGACAUGACCCAUAGCAAUGUCACCUUCAGAAUCUGGGCCCGGAAAGACGCAUUGAAACAAAUCCACUUGGCAGCUGAAGUAGGACCCAAAGCCUUGUCAUACUUCGAAAACUUCUUUGACAUAGCCUAUCCUCUACCUAAACAAGACAUGGUCGCCAUUCCGGAUUUCAACGCAGGCGCAAUGGAGAACUGGGGAUUAAUCACCUAUCGUGAAACAGCCCUGCUCUACGACCCGGAAGUCUCCUCCGCAUCAAGUCAACAAUCAAUCUCUAACACCAUCGCUCAUGAACUAGCACAUCAAUGGUUUGGUAACCUGGUAACCAUGAAAUGGUGGACAGAUUUAUGGUUGAAUGAAGGUUUUGCUACCUACAUGGCCGCCCAGGCCGUAGAUCAUCUCCAUCCGGAAUGGAACUAUCUCAAUGAGGAAGCUGUGAAUAACCUCUUGACAGUAUUUACUUUCGAUUCGUUAAAAUCAUCACAUCAGAUAUCUGUACCUGUGGGACAUCCAAGAGAAAUCGCUGAAAUAUUUGAUACUAUUUCAUACCGGAAAGGAAGUUAUAUCCUGCGUAUGAUGUCGUUGUUGGGUAAACAAACCCUUAGAACAGGUGUUAGUAAGUACCUCAUGAAGCAUAGAUAUCAGAAUGCUGAACAGGAUGACCUCUGGGCCAGUCUCACUGAAGUCGCACAUAAAAACAAUGUACUUCCGGCUAAUUUGACAGUUAAAACAAUCAUGGAUACCUGGACACUCCAAACAGGUUAUCCUGUCAUUUCUGUUAAUAGAAACUAUGAAACACAGAAAGCGGAAGUGAGUCAACGAAGAUUCCUCAGGGAUCUUAUACUGAUGAAAACCGUGAAUGAUUUUUGGUGGGUCCCAUUGACUUAUACAACUUCCAGUGAGUUGCAAUUCAAUGAUACAACCCCUAAACAUUUCCUGCCGAAUAAUGCAGAUGCUUUGACAAUUGAUGCACCUAAACCCGAAGACUUUUUAUUGUUUAAUAUUAAAAUAGCAGGGUUGUAUAGAGUUAACUAUGAUGAAAAGAACUGGAAACUCUUGAGUGAUUAUCUACAGUCAGAUAAAUUCAAACACAUUCCUGUUGUGAAUAGGAUUCAGCUGUUGGAGGAUUCUUCAGCGUUGGCAUGGACAGCUGAUUUGAGUUAUGAUGUCUUCUUUGGGAUUUUGGAUUAUUUACAUAAGGAAGAUGGGUAUUUACCGUGGAAAGCAGCGUUGAGUAGUUUGAGUGACCUGCAGAAACAACUGAAACGCACGAGUGAUUAUGGUUUGUUUAAGAAAUAUAUGCGACAGGUGAUUGAGCCUGCAUACAAGAAGUUUGGAAGGAUUAGUGAACCUUUAACUGAUGAAAAAACACCCAAAGGAUUGCAGAAGAUUAAGUUACAAGCUCUGGUUGCAAGUAGUGCUUGUACUUUCAAGGUUGAGGAGUGUGUGGAGGAUUCAAAGAAGAUGUUUGCUGAAUAUAUGAAGGAUCCUGUUAAAAAUAGUUUGCCUAAGAAUCUACGUUCUAUUAUCACUUGCAAUGCUAUUCGUUUUGGUGGUGAAGAAGAAUGGGAGUUCAUGUGGAAAGAAUACUUGGCUUCCAAUGUUGCAACUGUGAAAGACGCCAUUUUGAGUAAUCUAGGAUGUACUACGGAGCCAUGGUUAUUGCGGAGAUAUUUGGAACGCGCAAUGCAAGAUGACAGCGGUAUUCGCAAACAGGACUUUGUGUCUGUUUUCCGGUCUGUAGCAAGAAACCAAUAUGGUUUCCACAUUGCCAAGGAUUUCUUGGAGGAGGAGAUUGUAAACAUUGCUAAACGAUUGUAUCCCAAUGCACGAAGGUUGACAAGGUGUAUUCAACCUCUUGCUGAAAGAAUGAUUUCUCAGAGUGAAUAUGAUUGGCUCGACAGAUUAACGAAAACCAACGCCGACGCAUUCAAAGACUCUCAACAAGGCGUCAUCCAAGCCCUCGAAACCGUCCGCCUCAACCUCCAAUGGCAGAAAACUCACCACCCGGAGAUCAAAACCCUGAUUUCCAAACACAUCAAAUCUUAAACCCUUUUACACACCAGGUAACGACAGGUAAACACACCACGUCAAUACACAUUUUACUACCCACCACAUUUUUUUUUUAACAAAACAGUUGUUUAAUUUAUUUUCACUUUACAAGAGUUGCAUUCGCGCUUACGAGUUAUAAACAAUGACAAACUUAAUAUAUAUAAAUAUAUAUCUAAAUGUAAUAAAUCUAUAUCGAAGAGUGAGAAAAUA